GUGUCAAACCAAGAGAAGAGCAAGCAAUGAGGGGUGUGAUCGCAGAAUGACGUCACUGCAGGUGGUGGUGUAAAGACUCAGGUAGGCUUGUCUUAUCCCAGCUCAGACCUAAAGCCCCCACCGUGGCUAAGAGAAGACUGACCAUGGACCCUGUCAAGCCUCACCCACAGUUCUCCGACAUGUACUCUGAAGUCAUCGUCAGCUCGAGCGCAGAUGUUCGGGCUCCUCCCAGGAAGGAAUCGGUAGAGCCCAAGAUUGGCGGGGGCCAAUCGGGGCGUUCGAGACCCCACCCAUCGCCAUCCCGCAGGAGACACCGUACCACUUUCAGCCAUGAACAGCUGGAGCAGCUGGAGGUAGCCUUCAGACACAACCACUACCCUGACAUCUACUGCCGUGAGGAGCUUGCUCAGGCCACCAAACUCAAUGAAGCUCGUGUACAGGUGUGGUUCCAGAACCGCCGUGCCAAGCAGCGGAAGCAGGAGCGUGCCAGCCAAAAAGCACUGCCACCCGGCAUGCUUCCAGGGCGCGGGGCUCUCCUGGGCAGCGUGCGCGUGGGCGCGGCCACCGCCGUGAGGCCAUACCGGUGCCCUCACUCCCUACCGCACAUCCCCAGAUUUCCCUCAGCGCUGCCCUCUGGUGGCUACUCCCCCCACACAGCGGCAGCAGCAGGCACUCAGCUGCCCUGCCCUCCAGCUCCCAAUCCAGCACUGCCUGGCAGGCAGCAGGAGGACUGGUACAGCCAGCUGCGCAGCAUCGGAGCUCCGGGCCCCAGCCUGCCCCACGCCUCUGUGUUUUCUCUAGCCUCCAUGUCAACGCUGGAACCAGCCUGUCACUGGAACUAGAGUGGGCUGAGACAGAGAGGUCUGCAAGGAAACCCAGUAGUGCUUAAAUGAUCUAGUUUAGUUGGGCUUUAUAUGUCCUCACUGUUUCAUAAGUAGCCCCUUUAAGAAAACAUGUACAACCGAAUACUUUGACAAAAACACCCGUGAUAUCACGACAGAGCCGUCGUGAUGAUGUCGUAGUGCUUUGCUUUUACUGCCUUUUUCAUUAAACUUUUGAAACGUCUUUUAACAUGUUUUAUUUUAGUUCACACAUCACGAUGUUCUGUAAAUUAUUGCUAUUAUAAAAUAAUUAAAUAUACAUUUUUUUUCAAUUAAUUCACAAACGAAAGCAUCAAAGUGUGAAAAUAUAACAAUCUUGAUAGAGUUUGGUUUACAUUCUAAAUGACCGUUUUAACAAGUAGACUACACAAUACUUUACAUUAAAAACCUGACACCAGAAUGGCUGUAGGGCCUUCCAUAACAUAAAUUACAAGUGCUACUGGAAAUGUACACAAGGAUUUUAGUCAAAUGUCAAUUUCAGAAAAAUAAAUUAGCCUCGGUGCUAUUGGUCAACACUGUUUGUCUUUUAUGCUUGCAUGCCAAGUCAGGCUGGUAAAACGCACAUGAGAUGCACAACAGUCUAGGCCUACCUACACCCACUGUGAGUGAAAGGAAAGCCCAUGUAGACUAUACAUUUUCACAUCACUCCCCCUAAAAAGCAUUUUUAGUACAAAAUCCUCUGUCCAUGUUCUGCUGCACUCCACAGCUUAGUGCUUUCCUUGUGUCCACGCACCUGAAACUGAGCUGGUGUGUAACCGCAAGCAAAUCACUCAAACAGGUAGUGCAGUACAUUCCAGCAGCGCAAAUAGGAAAGAUUUCUCUUUGUGAGUGGGGUGACGAGUAGGUAAGCAAUUUUGUCAGAACUAGGUCCACACUUAUCAUAUACCUCAGACUGAAGGCAAGAACAUAGAUUAGCACCCUGCUGAGAUAUAGAAUAAAUAUGCCCCCCCCCAAGCCUCCAACCUGCAUUUCAAACAGGGGUCAUUUAUUUAAAACCGGGAAUUAAACAUGGACAGACUUUGGACAGUGAUUUCUCAUAGGCACAACACACAUGUAGCUGUAUAAAUGACAUCUGGCAGUAUC